GUUUCCCUUCCCCCGCUCGGCCCGGCUAGCCCCGGCGGCCGCUUCCGCGAUGCAGUCGCGCGCUCUGUGCGGGGCCCCGGGGCGCCGGGUACGGCUGCUGCUGCGGCACGUGCUGCGCCCCGGGCUGCGCCCCGGGCCCCGCGCGCGGCACGGCUCAGGUGAUACUGUCACUAUUGGAGAUGUGUCUUUUAAACUCAAAACACCUAAGAACCCAGAACUUGUUCCACAGAACUACAUGACAGAUUCUUUGGCCCAGUCUGUAGUCCACCAUUUAAGAUGGAUAAUGCAGAAAGAUCUUCUUGGCCAAGAUGUCUUUCUUAUUGGUCCUCCUGGGCCUCUCCGUCGAUCCAUUGCCAUGCAGUAUCUGGAACUAACAAAGCGGGAGGUUGAAUAUAUCGCACUGUCGAGAGACACCACAGAAACUGACCUCAAACAGCGACGAGAGAUCCGAAGUGGCAGUGCUUUUUAUCUUGAUCAGUGUGCAGUUCGUGCAGCUACUGAAGGCAGAAUCCUUGUGCUGGAAGGUUUGGAGAAGGCUGAGCGGAACGUCCUGCCAGUGUUAAAUAAUUUGCUGGAGAAUAGGGAAAUGCAGCUUGAAGAUGGUCGUUUUCUCAUGUCUGCAGAGCGUUAUGACAAACUUCUGCAGGAUCAUACAAAAUCAGAGUUAGAUUCAUGGAAGAUUGUUCGGGUUAGUGAAGAUUUUCGAGUGAUAGCGUUGGGCCUGCCAGUACCUAAAUACUCUGGUAACCCUUUGGAUCCGCCUCUUCGCUCUCGAUUUCAAGCUAGAGAUGUUUAUCAUCUGCCUUUUAAGGACCAUCUUCAGCUAUUAUAUUCUAUUGGAUCAAACUUUUCCACAGAAAGAAUUUCUCAGCUCCUGUCUUUUGCUACAACUCUCUGCUCUCAAGAGUCUUCUACGUUGGGACUUCCAGAUUUUCCUUUAGACAGCUUAUCAACUGCAGUUCAGAUUUUGGAUUCCUUUCCUAUGAUGUCAGUCCAGCAUGUUAUUGACCGACUUUACCCCUAUAAUGUUUUCCUUGGAAAGGAAGGCAGGACUGCAGUCAAAGAUGCGUUGAAACGUUUUGAGCUUCAAGAUUCCAAAAGCCGCUUUCUUCCGAGAAGGAUUACAAAAGUAGAAAGUACACAUGGCAACAAACCCUUCAAGGCUGAUGUAACUGUUCAGAUUGGUGAAAAAGAAGUGACAUUCCAGGUUCCAGCUGGGACUGGGCUAUUAAAAGAGCGUCCUCGAUCAGAUAAUUUCAUAAGGACUUCCAGCCAUAAUCAACUGUUGGCAGAAAUGAUGCAGUCCCAUAUGGUUAAAGAUAUGUGUCUAAUUGGCGCAAAAGGCUGUGGCAAAACAGUUAUUGCUAAGCAGUUUGCUGAUAUGCUGGGAUACAGCAUAGAACCUGUCAUGCUGUACCAGGACAUGACUGCUAGAGAUUUGCUGCAGCAAAGGUAUACUCUUCCUAAUGGAGACACUGCUUGGAGACCAUCACCACUUGUUACUGCUGCCCUGGAAGGAAAGCUUGUUGUUCUUGAUGGUAUUCAUCGAAUUAACCCUGGCACUCUAGCUGUACUUCAAAGACUAAUACAUGACAGAGAACUGACUCUCUAUGAUGGCACCAGGUUGUUAAGGGAAGACAGAUAUCAAAAAUUAAAAGAAGAAUUACAGAUCUCUGAUGAGGAACUACAGGAAAGGUCUAUAUUUCCUAUCCAUCCUUCUUUCAGAAUAGUGGUCUUAGCAGAACCCCCUGUCAUUGGAAGCAGUACCCAACAGUGGCUGGGUCCAGAGUUUCUGACACUGUUUCUUUUUCAUAAUGUUCAGUCUUUAAGCAAAAGUGAAGAAAUUCAAGUUAUUAAAGAAAUGAUUCCAAAUGUACCCAGUGUUGCUGUGGAGCAAUUGUUGUCAUUAACACACAAGCUUCGGGAGACAAAUGACACCACGGCACAAUCGCUGGCUUCAUCUUUAUCUACUCGACAACUACUGCGAAUUUGUCGUCGACUGUCACAACAUCCAGAUGAAAGCCUUUACUAUGCUGUUAAUAAAGCCUGCCUUUCCAGGUUUUUGCCAAACCUUGCCAGAUCAGCUUUACAUAAAACCCUGCAGGAUUCUGGUAUUGAGACAAGUCAAGAUGACGUGAACAAACUGGAGGAAAAGGAUUACACAUGUGAAAUAAAGGAUGGGAUUCUGAGGAUAGGGUCUGUGAUGAUGCCAGUUUAUAACUCAGCCGAGAAAAUGAAGGUGCCUGAUGUUUUGUUUUAUGAAAAUGCACAACACAUGAUGGUAAUGGAAGAUAUGCUAAAGGACUUUCUGCUGGGAGAACAUCUUCUUUUAGUUGGCAAUCAGGGCGUUGGGAAAAAUAAGAUUGUGGACAGAUUUCUUCACCUUUUAAACAGGCCCAGAGAAUAUUUGCAGCUUCAUAGGGACACCACUGUACAAAGCCUUACCCUACAACCUUCUGUUAAAGAUGGUCUUAUUAUAUAUGAAGAUUCACCACUGGUAAAAGCAGUGAAAUUCGGACAUAUUUUGGUAAUUGAUGAGGCAGACAAAGCACCAACAAAUGUUACCUGUGUCUUAAAAACUUUAGUAGAAAGUGGGGAAAUGGUUUUGUCAGAUGGAAGGCGAAUUGUUGCUAAUCAUGCUCAUGUGGAGGGGAGAGAAAAUGUGAUAGUUAUUCAUCCUGAUUUUAGAAUGAUAGUUUUAGCAAAUAGACCUGGAUUUCCUUUCUUGGGUAAUGACUUUUUUGGCACAUUAGGGGACAUUUUUAGUUGCCAUGCUGUUGAUAAUCCCAAACCACAGUCGGAACUGGCUAUGCUUAGACAAUAUGGUCCUGAUGUUCCAGAGCCAAUUCUUCAGAAACUGGUGGCUGCUUUUGGAGAACUGAGGAGCUUAGCUGACCAAGGAAUUAUUAACUACCCCUAUUCAACUAGAGAAGUUGUGAAUAUUGUAAAACAUUUACAGAAAUUUCCAGCGGAAGGACUGGCAAAUGUUGUCCGAAAUGUAUUUGACUUUGACUCCUACAACAAUGAAAUGCGUGAAAUUUUAAUCAACACUUUGCACAAACAUGGGAUACCUAUUGGAGCAAAACCGACCAAUGUACAGCUGGCCAAGGAACUGCCAUUACCAGAUCAUAAAUUUAUGGGCUACUGGAAAAUCGAUCAGCUGGGGAAUGCAGGACAGAAACUGCUGUGUCCAACAGAAACUAAAAAAAUAGAUGUAAAGGGCCCUGUAUACUUAAAUAUUCAAGAAUUUCCACUGGAACGACAUGAAGCCAGAUCCCUCAGUUUUACAGAAGAACUCGCUUUUUGGACACUGCCUUUACAUGACGUUAACUUAGUUUGUGAUGUCAUGGUAACAAAAGAAGAGGAAGCUGAAAACGUUCUUUAUGUUACAACGUGUAAUCCCGUUUCCUUGUACUUCAUGAACGUUUCUAGUAAGAGUGGACACUUUGUGGAUCUUUAUGACCUCUUCCCAAGAACAGUUGGAAGUGUCUGGCAACCUUUUGUGACUGUGGCUCCCCUGGGAAAUCCACUUAAAGGUCAAGUGGUUCUACAUGAAGCGGAGAGCAAUGUUGUGUUGUUGCUGGAUACAAACAAUGGUGCCCUUCGCCGACUUUUGCUCUUACCGGAUACUCAAGAGUCUCCUAAGAGAACAUCUUGGUGGGGCAGCAAAGAAGAGAUGAGCAACUACAAAAUGUGUCGAGAGUUUUCACACAAAAACUGGCUGGUGUUCUACAAAGAAGAAGGAAACUGCCUUAUUGUACUGGAUGUAUUAGAGGGUCAAACUCAUACCAUCUCACUUCCUAUCAAUCUGAAAUCUGUUUUCCUGGUGGCUGAAGACCGAUGGCUCUUGGUAGAAAACAAAACAAAUCGGAAAUUUCUUUUAACCAAGCGUGCCCAUAUGGAAGCUGAAGACAGUGAGGUUUGCCAGCUGUAUGCAUUGAGUGAAGAGCUAGCCGACAUGGGAUUUGGCUUAACAACGGGGUCAGAACUGUCUGUGCCGCAUGCAGUUUCGAGUGACCAGCUAUCUUCAGAAAACCUCAGUGCAGCUGUGGGACAAAAGAUCAGCUCCCCCAACAGGAUUUUCUCGGAUGAACAUAAUUAUGCUACUAUUGUUAUUGGUUUCCCAGACCUCUUGUCUCCCAGUGAAGUGUAUAGCUGGAAACGAAACUCCUCUCUGAGUGGCAAACGUGCUUCUCCUUCUGAUCCAUUUUAUUAUGGAUCCCAGAGGAAAACAGGAGCUGCAAAACAAACCAAUUGUGUAACUUUAUUGGCUUCUAAUCAAAUAGUCAGAAUUUUAGCACCUGGAGAUGUGCCUUUGAAAGACAUUUAUCCAAAAGAUGUUACUCCUCCACAAGCUUCUGGAUACUUGGAAGUAACAGACCUUAACUCAAAGAAAAUCAAAUACAUUGCAAUUCCUAGAUCACAGUCUCUCUCUCCUUAUACAUCUUGGCUGUCUAAGAUCUCAGAUGCCGAUGCCUUGUUGGCACCACUGGGCAAAGUAGGUUUGGUGAGUGUGGACAUGGGAGGCGGUGUGAGGCUUUGGGAGACCGGGCUGGACAGCCUCAUGCGGUCACUGCAGGACUGGAGGAACAUGAUUGGCCAAGAAGAUGGUCGUCCAGUGCAGAUAACCAUCCAGAGAGACAGUGGUUUGGAUGUCAGUUCCCCCAAACAUGGAAAAGUGGAUCCAGCCAACAUGCCGCAUGUUGGUGGAAAUACUUGGGCUGGCGGAACAGGUGGGAGAGACACUGCUGGGUUAGGUGGCAAAGGUGGACCAUAUCGACUGGAUGCUGGCCAUCGGGUUUACCAAAUAUCUCAAGCUGAAAAGGAUGCUGUUCCUGAGGAGGUAAAGAGAGCUGCUCGAGAGAUGGGUGAAAAGGCCUUUAAACAGAGAUUGAAAGAGAUUCAAAUGAGUGAAUAUGAUGCAUCAACUUAUGAAAGGUUCUCUGGAGCGGUCCGACGUCAAGUUCAGUCACUCCGCAUCAUCUUAGAUAAUCUGCAGGCCAAGGGUAAAGAAAGACAAUGGCUGAGACAUCAAGCUGUUGGAGAGCUAGAUGAUGCCAAAAUCAUUGAUGGGCUGACUGGAGAAAAAGCCAUAUAUAAACGACGGGGAGAACUUGAGCCACAACCUGGGAGCCCCCAGCAGAAACCUAAGCGUUUGCGCCUGUUGGUGGAUGUUUCCGGUAGCAUGUACCGCUUUAAUGGGGUGGAUGGACGGCUGGAACGCUCCAUGGAGGCUGUCUGCAUGGUCAUGGAAGCUUUUGAGAAUUAUGAGCACAAAUUCAAGUACGAUAUUGUUGGACAUUCAGGAGAUGGGUAUAACAUUGCCUUGGUUGGGAGUGACAAACUUCCCAAGGACAAUAAGCAAAGACUGGAGAUCCUUAAGACCAUGCAUGCCCAUGCUCAAUUCUGCAUGAGUGGAGACCAUACCUUGGAAGGGACAGAGCAUGCCAUUCGUGAAAUCACCAAGGAAGAGGCUGAUGAGUAUUUUGUUAUCGUCUUGAGUGAUGCAAAUCUUGAGCGAUACGGUAUUCAGCCAUCAAGGUUUGCCCAGGCUUUGACCACCAAUACUCAAGUCAAUGCAUUUGCCAUAUUUAUAGGAUCUUUAGGAGACCAGGCAGACAGGCUGCAGAGGAUGCUGCCAGCAGGUCGGUCUUUUAUCGCCAUGGAUACCAAAGAGAUCCCCCAGAUUCUGCAGCAAAUCUUCACAUCUACCAUGUUGUCAAGUGCCUAAACAUCACUGAUGUCACAGGGCGUGAUUUCAAAGAAGAAACCCACUCCCGGUGGAGAUAUGAACCCUAAAGCUGAGGAUAAAUACAGUUAUUAAUAAAAUACAUGUUGUUUUCUAAUCAGCAAACCAACACAAAUCUGCAUGGCAAAGAAUUGCGGUGGGGCGGAGGUAAAUUGCAGAAUGGCAACAGAGCAAAUGUUUUUUCCGGAGGGACAAAUAAAUAAAGGACAAUUAGUGAUCAUUCCUCUGCCUGCUGUGCUGCCAGCAUUAUGGUAUCAUCUCACCCUGUAAACAUGGUUCACUGGGAUUUCAUAAUAUUAUGCAAGGCAGAGCCAGGCAAUCUGUUUCAGUGUUUUGCUUGCAUAUGUUUGAAUAGGUAGCAAACUGCAUCUCUGAUUGAAACAGGACUGCUCUUGUCAGGCAGGAAACCCUUCCUUCUUCCGCUGUUGCUUUCAUGUCCUGACGAGCAUCGAGGCUUCACUGUUGGAUGCUGGGAACAAUGGAGCAGUUUGGAAACACUGACCAUGACAUGUAAACAUUCAUUAUCUGAUCAGAUACGGUGUUCAGGGUUGUCAGACCUAGAGAAAGUAGCUGUUAAGAAGGGAAAAAAAAAAACCCAAAAUAGCUUCUUUCAAUUCAGCCUAUGAAAAGUAAGGGGAAAGGGUCAAAACGGUCUGAAGAAACCAACUGUCUCUGUUUCCAAGGAGGAACUACUGCUGUGUCUCCUUUGCAUGACCGAUGAUGCUGUCCUGCUGCACUGUUGCACAGAGCUCUUCUGUGAUCUGUUCUGCUUUGGUCUUUUGAAGAUGAAACUGGAGGAAAGAUCUUGGCAUGAGAAAAUGAGUUCUUUUUUAUAAAGGAAAAGGAAAAAUAUCUAUUUUUAUUUUAGCAAGAUAUCUGUGUUGGGGUAUAUUUAAUAUCCGGGGUAGUUGUAAAGACUUCCUCUAUUAUUCAUCAGCUGGUGUUUGCGUUGUCCCAUGAGGCAAUGAUCCCUCUAUAUCUACUGAAGAAUUGAUGUCUUGUAGGAGCACAGGAGUACUGAAAGUGUACUGAGAAUUGAAAGUGUGGUUUAACUAAGCAGGAGGGUGUGCAUCAUCGCUGAUCUCUGUUGGUAUUAAUUUGUGGGUAACUGAGUAGAAAGAAAGUCAAGGAACAGUACAUAUAAAAAUCUGAAGGAACUGCAAUACUUCACUUCUAAUAUUUCUCUUAAUCCCAUAGUUGCUCAAACCUCGCUGUGACUGUUGUAUUUGGAGAAGAGGAGACAAAUUAAAUUUGAUCUUGUUAAAUACAACCAUAGGUGUUUUAAAUGAUGUAGUUUCUGGUGGUCAUUCUUUACUCCAUCAGUCCUGCAACAAAAAUCUUUCCAAGGCAUCAAAAAUGUCCCAUAUUUAGGAUGUGUUUUGAAGCCUGGCCAGCUUCAAGACUCUGUAUGGCAAGAGAAGACGGAAGACGUUUUUCAAAGGCUUGUUAGUAUUGUUAUGAUAACUAUAUAUGUGAAAACAAAGAGGUUGAAGAUGCAAUUCCUGUUUGGAGAGAAGGGAAUUGGGAGGAGAAUGUUGGGAAGGUUAUCGCUGGCUGGACAAACACAUGUACACGCACAUGCACAUGGGUGCAGCUACAGAGGGGAAGUAAGCUUCAAAAUGUAAAUAUCUUGGUCCUGUAAACAUAUGACGAGAUACUAGAUGCAAUAAAGAACUGACAUAUUAAUGUCUAUUAGUGAAUAUGGUUUUAUAUGGGAAUUUCUUCAGCGCCUCUGCUUUAAUUGCAAGUAGCCCUUCAAAAAAGAAGCAUUUUAUCACAGUUAAUUAGCAAAUAUUCUGUACACUUUGUAGAGUACUUGAGUGGAUAAGCUUUCUCACAUUGGAUUUACAUGCAGUUGUAUUUAUAUAAUACUGUUAUAUUUAUUAUAGAAAAAUACCCACAUUAUUUAAGGUAAACUUUAAGGUAAAUCUAAUUUUAAACCUUUUGUUUUAUUAUUCCUGUAAGUUGUAUUUCAUGCCAGACUAUUUAAAGUUACCUUUCCGUACUUUUUGUUUUUUAAAUUUCUUUCAGGAGAUAUCUGUUGUGUUUCAGUUCAUGUUUCAUGGUCCCGCAGGAUACAGCCAUGUCUGGGGCCAGACCUGGGUAGGAGAGUGUCUGGGAGAGGCUGGAAGCAGUUCUCAGUAAACUUGGAGAGAAAGGGAGAAUAAUUGAAUGAAAUAUCUUUCCCGUUCAGAAGGAGGGAGUUUGGGUUUUGUUUUUAACAAUGCUUCAUUGCAGAGCAUAUUCAACCCCGCAGCAUCUCUCUAAAUUGUAACAGUUCAGGGCAAAGUUUUCCCCAGGCUGUGCGUCUCUCACCUGCUUUAAUGCCCAUCCCUGCCACAGGGAAAUCAAACCAGCACUGCUUUUUCCUGUCUUGCAAGGACUGGCAGUGUUAUUUCACUGCUCAGAAAUUCAGCAAAUACUCCUCCUUUAUGUCCCUUGAACUUGCAGAGCUUCUUAAUAUGCAUUUAUUUUUAAUUAGUAAAAUGCUUAAGAGUAAUGUGGCUUGAUUUAACCAACAGCAGUGACUGCUCUCAUUGCAAUGCAUGCACCAGGGUUGUGGCUCACUCAUUCUUGCUGAAUGCAUGUCAAAGUAUUUUUCGUCUCUUCUCACAAUUUAUUAAGGCACUUUUGCACGCACCGGUUUUUAUGAAAAGGCACUGUUUCGGUGAAUGGAUAGAGCUGCUGGUUGGGGUGAGUCCUGACCUAUUGCUAAUGCUUUAAUAGCAUUAGUCACAUCAGCAGCAGUGAUUUUAACUACCUCUUGUAAAGCAGAUGCUCUGUGUGUUCAUGCUCACUCUCUGAUUAGUAACAAUACAAAGUCACUUAGGAUUAUUACUUACUGAGGUGCAAAAAAAAUACAGAAAGCCCAGGCAGGUGUGAUUUCAGUCAGAGCAAAGCCCAUUUGAUAUUUAGAGACAUAAGCAGCCUCAUGCAGCUACAUGUAAACGUGACGGGUUAGCAUGAAGUGCAACAAGAGUUAGGAGGGACUUAUAAUCUUGGACUCCAGCUAUGGGGUUCUUUUCCCCCCCACUUCUUUGUUUUACUGACACCAGGUGCCAAACAUGAUUGUGAAUGUUGUGCUACAGCUUGUCCAUUAGCCUAAUAAAAUUAAGACUGAAGAUCCUAGUCGCUGAUCAAAUAUACUGAUGUUGCGUUCCAGCAAACAAGCGAACAACAGGAGAUUGAGACACUGUAUGACGUGAAAAAACAAACCAAAAAAAGAACCCCAAUGCCUACUUGAGAGCACAGGUAAGAGAUGCAAGAAUAAUAGAGGUUUUCUUUAUCUAUAUAGUUAAGAUUUUUUAAAAGUAGACAUUACAAAAAAAUAUUAAAAUAGUUGGACAAUAAGAAACCAAGCAAUUGUCGUAUGUUGGCUGUUGCACAUUAUGGUGUUUAUUAAUAAUAAUGUCCCUGUAAAAAUGA